AUGGUGACACUAGAGCAGCAGGGCGGCGAUGGGCCGGGGGUGGAGCAGGGACACCAGGGACGGCGCUGCAAGCGGGCUUCAUCCCAGACCCUCAUCUCGCUCCAAUUUCCCUCAUCGCGGUACGCGAACAACACGGUGAAGUUGGGUGGCUGGUGUCAGCAGCAGCAGCAGCGGCAGCAGCAGACAACAGUACCUGUGGCACAGUACAACGUACUUCAACUUCGAUUGCGCUUCCCCGUCCCCGUGUGCCUGUACAUAUACCUCUCGGAUCCGCAAUCAAGUUUCGUGAAACGCACACCCGUACCAACCCUGUCUCGACUUCCCCUUUGGGCCUCGUUCACCUUCCCGUCCGCUGUUGUACUGUACCUCUUUCUCCUCCCUCCUUCCUCCCCUCCCAAGGUUGGUCCAGUUAUACCUUCUAACCGCCAUCUUGGGCUUCCCCCCGAACCUUCAAUCCUCCCUCCCAUCCACGUCGUCUCUCGCGACGCGGCGUCUGAUAAAUCGAAUUUGAUCUUGCCCUCUUUCGACGCCAAUAUAUCGUCAAAGACGAGGAAAGGAACCACGACCGCGAGAACCCUCGAUCGAAUUGUUGGACAUCCUGCUGUCAGCGCGACCUGCGGCGACUCUACAUUCGACUCGACCGCCGACCAACCGACUUCUCCAAUCGAUCUGGCCAUCCGAGACAUCCUGAAAAUCGCACCAUCCCAACACGAAGCGAUUGACCCUGUCCGGCAGGAAGCGAGAAGGAAAGAGGGUGAAGAGAAAGACGACUUUCAAUUCCAAACCCAGCGAUUGGGACUCGCCUGGACUUGGCCCGUUCCUUCGCCCCCAGAGCCUGCGGAUUCUGCCUGCGUCUGCACCCAGCUGCAGCUCGUCGUUCCUGAGCGAACCCCGUCUCAGCCCGUGAUAAUUCCUUAUCGAGUCCUUGACAACAACCCUACGAUCCCAUCCGCACACCGGUUCCACAUAACAAUCACAACUAGGUCAUUUCCCGAUCGACAAGUCCAGUCCCUCUGUAUUCAAAAAGUCUUUGACCCGACAACUUUGACCAGCAUUCGGAUUGGCACUGCCGACCGACCUGCCCACGCGACCAAGGCAGAAAAAGCCCCCAAUCGUUUCGCGUCUGCCCAGCACAACGGCUCUACCGCCCAACUUGCUUCUCGCUCUUUCGCCAGCGCGAGCUCUUUCUUCGUCUUUUCUCCCUGA